AUCAAUAUAAAUAUUUUAAAUAAAAUGAGAGGUAUAAACUAGAAAUAUAAGGUUAGUAAUACAUAUGUUCAUUUAUCUUCGGAUAUCCAUUCAAGUUCGGAUAUUACCCGUUAGGGUUCAGAUAUCCAAUCUCUCCUAAUUCAAUAUCCGUUCGGGUAUUUUUCUACAUCGAUUCGGAUUUCGGUUCGGAUUUUUCGGAUCGGGUUUGGAUACGGGUUCGGGUAUCGAGUAAAUGCCUACCCCUACGUGUGUAUAUGCACACCUAAAUUUUGGUAGUCAUACCAUAUAGAGAAAUAUUGUAUAUAAAAUUUUAUGGGCUUUUUAAAAUAUGACCUACAAUUUCAAGUCAAACACAAAAAAAAACCCAUGUUUUUCUUGAAACUUUCUUUUUUUUCCCACCCUAGAAAUUUGAGUUAUUCACGAAAAUUUCAUUAUAUUUUUUUCUUUCUUUUUUUUUUGAAAAUGAUUCUUUUAACUUAUCAUCCUCAUCUUCACCAAUUAUUUACAAUAUUGCCAUUGACAUCAAUACACUAACCACCAUGAACAACCAAUUUGAAACUUUUAAUGCACCAAAAUUUUGUUUUUUACUCUUAAUAUCUCAUUACUUAUGCACACAAAUCACAUAUCUUUCACCCUCUCUUCAAAUUCAUCCAAAAAAACCAAGAUUUUGAUUUCAAGUUUUGUAAGGUUCAUAGAGACAUUGAAGCUCAUGAUUCAUGAUCAUUAACGAGUUGGUAGCUUUUGUAGUGAAGUUCUGAGUGCUUGGAGAAGUUAAGCAAGUAAUCUCACAGGCUCAAGGUAUGAAAUCAUUUUUUUCUCAGAUAUGUUCGCGAAGACUUUCAGAAGACUUUGAUAUAUGUGUUCUCCAUCAAGAAGACUUCCAUAGAGAAGACUUCUCAAGAAGUCUUCUAACUUUCCUUUAUUAAGAAAAAACAGAAAUAUCCUAUAGAGGAGUUCUCGAGAAGUUUUCUCGGAUAAAUAUGUUAGUUUUGCAAUUGACCAAAAUUUGUCAGAAAUUUGACUUUAAAAGACUUCUUAGGAAGUCUUCUCGGGAAAAAAUUCUAUAGAAAUCAUCUAAAAGUCUUCUCACUGUUGCCAAAAACUUUGUGUGGGUUAAUUUUGAAAUUGAAAAAUAAUAGUAAAACAUUUAAUAUUAAUGAGAAGACUUCUUGAGAAGUGUUCUGGGAGAAGACUUCUUCAAAACUAUUUAUGGGUUUUGGUCAAACCUUUGGUUACGAGAGAAGACUUCUCUAAAAGUCUUCCGUGAAAAAGUCAAAUAUAGUUAAUUGCAAAAGUAUCUCAAGUAAAUGACAUUGAUAAGAAUUCUAUAGAAUUCUUCCCUCAGAAGACUUCCCGGGAAAUCUUCUAUAAAAAGUCAAGUUUUUGACAAACUUCGGUCAAUUGCAAAACUAACUUGUUUAUCCGAGAAGUCUUCUCUGGCAUUUUCGAGAAUUUUUUAAUUUCAGAAUUAAGCCAAUAUUUAUAAAGAAAGACUUCUUAAGAUGUCUUCUGUAGAGUAGACUUCUCAAGAUGUCUUCUGCAGAGUAGACUUCUUAAGAAGUCUUCUGCAGAGUAGACUUCUUAAGAAGUCUUCUUUCGUAAAUUAUCGAUUGCAAAAAAUGACAUAAAUAGAAGAUUUCUUCAAAAGUCUUUUACAUCAAUGUUUAAUAAAUUUUCAUUUUCUCUACAAUUAAAAUGAAUUUUUAGUAUUUUCUUAUAAAUUCAUGUGUAUUAGUCAAUAUUGGGGCUCCUGGAUGAAAUUCAUAUCUUAUUUGAUGAUAAUUAUGAGAUUUCAAAUAUUUAUGUUUACUAGUGUUUCUAGCUAAUCCGAGAAGACUUCUUAAGAAGUAAUUCUCUAGUAGACUUCUCUCUAUGCUAGAUUUUCAAGAUUGUUAAGUAAUCUCAAGGUAUGUUAUUAUUUUAGAGGGUUUGGAUUUAAGAUUUAGAAUUUAGGGUUUGGGUUUAGGGUUUAGGGUUUAGGGUUUAGAUUUAAGUUUUAGGGUUUAGAUUUAAGUUUUAGGGUUUAGAUUUUAGGAUUUAGGGUUUAGUACGGCGUUAAUCGUUAAAAUUGGCGUCAUUAUUGUUUUUCUAUUAUUUUAGAUUUUUUUUAAAAAAAAUAAUAUUUUUAUUACUUAUCUAGGUGGCAAUUUGAUUGGUGAUAAAAGAUGUGGUGAAUUUAAAGGUUCACCUCAGGAGGGUAUAAUUUUUAAUUUAUGAGAUUUAAAAUUUCAACUUUCAAUUAAAAUUCAAGUUUGAUCUUUUGUGAAUUUGACUAAGUUUUCUUGUGAAGUCUUCUCUCUUAAUUUUAGUAAAUUUGACUAUUUUUGUGUUGUUCUGUUUUGUUUUGAUUGAGUGGAAUAAUUAAAACAAAUUCUUGGUAGGUUGUAUCAAUAACUUCAAUAAUAUCAAGUACUUUUGGAAAAACAUGAAAAAAUAUACCAAAUUCUUUUGAUUAAUAUAUCUUCAAGUUUACAAAAAAAGUCACAACUAAAAUAAUUCACAUACUUCGGAAGACUUAGUUUCACAACUAAAACAUACCACUUUGGACAUAAGACUUCAGAAGACUUCCCAAAGACUUUGUGGAAAGUUUUGUAGCAUAAAAUACAUUAGAAGACUUCCCAAGAAGUCUUCCAAGAGUCUUCCGAGAAUCUUCCAAGAGUCUUCUGAGAAUAUUCCUAGAGUCUUCUGAGAAGUCUGACUCAAAUAUAAAAAAUUCGGCAUAUUCAAAAGCAUUCAAAUGGCUUCAAAACAGAGAAAACUUCAAAAUAAAUUCUUUAUGCUUAAAUGAUAAACAAAAUAAGCAAAUUAGGUUGAAUCUAUAAUUUUUCAGAAACUAAUAUAUAAAACAUAUAAAAUACAUAUCCAAAUUUGUACUACUUUGGGCAGAAGACUGCGGAAGACUUCCUGAAGACUUUGUGCUCUAGCAUAAAAUGCAUUAGAAGACUUGCCUAAAGUCUUCCAAGAGUCUUUUAAGAAGUCUUUCAAAGUCUAUCUCAGAUCUGAAAACCCUGCAAAUUCAAAAACAUUCAAAUGACUUUAAAACAGAGAAAAACUUCAAAAAUAUAAUUUUAUGCUUAAAUAAUAAACAAAACAGUCACAUUAGGCAAAUCUAUAGAAUUUUAAGAUCUAAUAUAUAAAACACACAAUAAUAUAUAUCCAAAAUUUAUAUAUGUACCUUUGAAUGAGUGAAAGAUGAGAACCAUGUAAUAAAACAACCUACAAAUAGAAGAUAAAUUAGUAAGAAGACAUAAGAAAAAAAAAAUGAGAAAUAGAUUUAAAAUUUGGUGUUUUGAUGUUCAAAGAGAUUAGAGAGAGAUUCAAGAGUUUUUGAGUGAGAAACAUUACAUUUUUGUUGCAGCCAUUUGAGAAGAAGAAACAAAAUGUGUAAAUAUUCUCUAUAUAUGGAGACAAAAAUUCCAAUUAGGUUAAAUAUUUUCGAAACAAAAAGUUUUUUGGGAAGUCUUCUAGACCUUAAAAUCAAAUACAUGAGAAAACUUCUGGAAGACUUCGCUUUAGGCAAAAAAACCUAAAUUUUACCAAAAUUUAGGCGGUAAUAUGUCAGAAGUCUUAUGAAAGUCUUCUUGGGAAGUUUUCUAGAUGUUUUCCAAACCAUAGUUUAAUCAAAUAAGUAACUAAAUAGCAAAAAAACAAUUCAUUAAACUUAAAAUCAACUUAUAAAGCAUUUAAUAUACACAAAACUAAACACAUGUAGGUCAAUUUUUUUAAGUUAAUAUUUUAAAAUCUAACCCUAAAUACAAACAAUACUAUAACAUAUGUUACUAAACCCUAAACCAAAGUGUUCUCAGCGCCUUUCAGACCCUAUAAUCAAAUAACUAAGGACAAACACUUCCUUAAAAUUAAAAGAAACUUAGAAAAUGUUUAAAUAAAGUAAUUAAAUAGUCACUAAACACAUAUAUGUCAAACUAAAAAAAAAAUAAGAUUUCAAAAUAUAACCCUAAAAAUACCAACAAUGCUAUCACAUAUGUUACCAAACCUUAAACCAAAGGCUAUCAUGACUCAAUCUACAUUCACUCAUCUAUGUUAAACAUAAUUCAAUUUUAGUAAAACUAAAUUUCCAUCAUUUAUAAAUGUUUAUUAAUACAUGAUUUUGAUUUUUUUUCUUUCAAAAUGUUUUUUUAUUAAAUUCAUUAAUAAUUUUUAAGAUCUAAUACAUGAGAAGACUUCCCCUAGAAGACUUCUGGAAAACUUCGAUUUAGGCGUAAAACCUAAAUUCUUUUAAACUUUAUCGAGAAAACGAUGCAUGCCUAAAUUAAUGGGGUUAAAAGCCAAUCUUCUAACACGGUUUCUCCAUUGAAACACAAGCCCCAACCACACUUACCACUGAUUCGUCAAAAGAAGGCAAGAAAGGACACAACUUCAGCACGAGCAGCCAACAAAGAGAAACGUUUGGCAAUCCAUUUCUCAAUGACCGACCAUGAUUGAUUAUAAGCUCAUAAAUCCCUUUCCAUGUAAUCAGGAAAUUUGUAGGUUGUAGACCAAGAGACGGCAGAACUUCUCAAUACUGAAGCUACACCACUGAAUCUUAUAUUAAUCAUAGAGGAAGAGCGACGAGAAUAUACCAGUGACGACACAAACAUAGAAAUCGCACGCCUUAAAAGAAAUGCAUAGUCAAAAUCCACAUCUAAAAGACCUUACCGAAGACAUGAAUCAUGCUCUUUCAAACCAUGUCGCAGGAACAAACCAACUCCAUCAAGUCAAGGAAAUAAAAUUAUCUAUCUUCACUGGACCACAAAAAACAGAGAUCUAUAAAAAUUUGGUUGGUUUUGAGCUUUCAUAGAUGACUCAAAGAAACAACCGGACUGAAGGCCUUCACACAAAUCUCAAACAAAAUUCGAACACCUUGAACUGAAUGCGCCACCUCCCUCGAAUUUCCUCCACAGUGAACAUAACUACGGAAAAUUGUGCCAGUAGUAACACACCUUGAUGCAGAGCUAGGCUCAUGUUGGGAUGCUUUGGUCUUAGACCAAGAUGAAGACAACCAAAAACAAAAGAAACGAGCACAAGCAGGAAGAGAAAAGGACACACAAUUAGAGAUAAAACAUGAAGAAACAAGCUCGAGAGGCCACCAUCGAAUCGCCUAAACCCGCUUCAUCAAAUUUGAUGAAAGAAGUAGCCAACCACACCAGACCGGCAUAACCUGCACCGCGCACCAGAAAACAGAUUUGAAACCAGUGAAGCAUCUCAGGCUAAACAUCAGAACCAUAUCUCUACAAACAUACCUCCAAAUGCAUUGAUCGCCUCUGUUCAGCACAUUCGACCAAAGAAUAUACAGUAAAGACCCUGUCACGACAUCGACGAGGCUUAACGAAUGCCAGAGAGGAUAGACACAAGGAUCUCUUUUUCUUUCCUUCGACAAGGGCGCUAAGGUUUUGCAUAAAGGAAAAAGUUAAAGUUUCAGGGACAAAAGUAAAUAGUUUCUUCUUUAUAUAUGAUAAUGACUUUAUUAAUGUAAUUUCACGGUCUGAAAGACUAAUUUAAUCGUAGCCUAGUGAUUAAAGUUUAAAUGCUUCUACAUCCAGAUCCGGGGUUCGAAUCAUAUGCUAUGCAAUUUCUUAUAGAUUGUAUAUUAUAGGAAGUCCAAGUUUCAAUUUCCAGAGAAAAUGAUUUAUUAAAAAAUUAUGUAGACUACGGAAGAAAGACUUGCAAUGGAUUUUCAACAUGGUACAACUAAAUCUGGCCAGACGUAAAUUUUUAUAGGACAAGUCAGGUGCAUGUGCAGUUAGGCGUAUAUCCUCAUAAGACAUGUAGUAUUGUCAGUUGCAGAAUUGUCUAUAUAAUCUUUUUUAUAAUUGUAAUAUCAUAAUAAAUCAACUUUAAAAAAAGAGACUAAUUCAAUCGAUGUACCGUACACUUCUUAAGUAUGUUUUUAAUUGGUAAUUCGUAGAAAUUUUGGCAAUUUGUACAUAAAUAAGCAGUUAAUACGGUCUAGUGUCAGUUUUGAAUGGAUCAAUGUCUCCGGAUCCAAAAAGUCUUCUUAUUUUCAGCCUCUUAUAAAUAUCAUAAGAUAAUUUAUCUCAUGAGUGUAACAAUUCCUUAGUUCGUUUGUUGAAUUCUUCUUAAACUAAAAAAACAGUUUAGGUUAGUUACUUAGUUCUCAAUAUUCUUGCAUGUAUUGCUGUUGCACUCUUCAUUCUGUUUCCUACAAAAAGAAGAUAAAUUAGUGAGAAGACAUAAGAAAAAAAAAUGAGAAAUAGAUUUAAAAUUUUGUGUUUUGAUGUUCAAAGAGAUUAGAGAGAGAUUCAAGAGUUUUUGAGUGAGAAACAUUACAUUUUUGUUGCAGCCAUUUGAGAAGAAGAAACAAAAUGUGUAAAUAUUCUCUAUAUAUGGAGAUAAAAAUUCCAAUUAGGUUAAAUAUUUUCGAAACAAAAAGUUUUUUGGGAAGUCUUCUAGACCUUAAAAUCAAAUACAUGAGAAAACUUCUGGAAGACUUCGCUUUAGGCAAAAAACCUAAAUUUUACCAAAAUUUAGGCGGUAAUAUGUCAGAAGUCUUAUGAAAGUCUUCUUGGGAAGUUUUCUAGAAGUUUUCCAAACCAUAGCUUAAUCAAAUAAGUAACUAAAUAGCAAAAAAACAAUUCAUUAAACUUAAAAUCAACUUAUAAAGCAUUUAAUAUACACAAAACUAAACACAUGUAGGUCAAUUUUUUUAAGUUAAUAUUUUAAAAUCUAACCCUAAAUACAAACAAUACUAUAACAUAUGUUACUAAACCCUAAACCAAAGUGUUCUCAGCGCCUUUCAGACCCUAUAAUCAAAUAACUAAAGACAAACACUUCCUUAAAAUUAAAAGAAACUUAGAAAAUGUUUAAAUAAAGUAAUUAAAUAGUCACUAAACACAUAUAUGUCAAACUAAAAAAAAAAUAAGAUUUCAAAAUAUAACCCUAAAAAUACCAACAAUGCUAUCACAUAUGUUACCAAACCUUAAACCAAAGGCUAUCAUGACUCAAUCUACAUUCACUCAUCUAUGUUAAACAUAAUUCAGUUUUAGUAAAACUAAAUUUUCAUCAUUUAUAAAUGUUUAUUAAUACAUGAUUUUGAUUUUUUUUGUUUCAAAAUGUUUUUUUUAUUAAAUUCAUUAAUAAUUUUUAAGAUCUAAUACAUGAGAAGACUUUCCCUAGAAGACUUCUGGAAAACUUCGAUUUAGGCGUAAAACCUAAAUUCUUUUAAACUUUAUCGAGAAAACGAUGCAUGCCUAAAUUAAUGGGGUUAAAAGCCAAUCUUCUAACACGGUUUCUCCAUUGAAACACAAGCCCCAACCACACUUACCACUGAUUCGUCAAAAGAAGGCAAGAAAUGACACAACUUCAGCACGAGCAGCCAACAAAGAGAAACGUUUGGCAAUCCAUUUCUCAAUGACCGACCAUGAUUGAUUAUAAGCUCAUCAAUCCCUUUCCAUGUAAUCAGGAAAUUUGUAGGUUGUAGACCAAGAGACGGCAGAACUUCUCAAUACUGAAGCUACACCACUGAAUCUUAUAUUAAUCAUAGAGGAAGAGCAACGAGAAUAUACCAGUGACGACACAAACAUAGAAAUCGCACACCUUAAAAGAAAUGCAUAGUCAAAAUCCACAUCUAAAAGACCUUACCGAAGACAUGAAUCAUGCUCUUUCAAACCAUGUCGCAGGAACAAACCAACUCCAUCAAGUCAAGGAAAUAAAAUUAUCUAUCUUCACUGGACCACAAAAAACAGAGAUCUAUAAAAAUUUGGUUGGUUUUGAGCUUUCAUAGAUGACUCAAAGACACAACCGGACUGAAGGCCUUCACACAAAUCUCAAACAAAAUUCGAACACCUUGAACUGAAUGCGCCACCUCCCUCGAAUUUCCUCCACAGUGAACAUAACUACGGAAAAUUGUGCCAGUAGUAACACACCUUGAUGCAGAGCCAGGCUCAUGUUGGGAUGCUUUGGUCUUAGACCAAGAUGAAGACAACCAAAAACAAAAGAAACGAGCACAAGCAGGAAGAGAAAAGGACACACAAUUAGAGAUAAAACAUGAAGAAACAAGCUCGAGAGGCCACCAUCGAAUCGCCUAAACCCGCUUCAUCAAAUUUGAUGAAAGAAGUAGCCAACCACACCAGACCGGCAUAACCUGCACCGCGCACCAGAAAACAGAUUUGAAACCAGUGAAGCAUCUCAGGCUAAACAUCAGAACCAUAUCUCUACAAACAUACCUCCAAAUGCAUUGAUCGCCUCUGUUCAGCACAUUCGACCAAAGAAUAUACAGUAAAGACCCUGUCACGACAUCGACGAGGCUUAACGAAUGCCAGAGAGGAUAGACACAAGGAUCUCUUUUUCUUUCCUUCGACAAGGGCGCUAAGGUUUUGCAUAAAGGAAAACGUUAAAGUUUCAGGGACAAAAGUAAAUAAUUUCUUCUUUAUAUAUGAUAAUGACUUUAUUAAUGUAAUUUCACGGUCUGAAAGACUAAUUUAAUCGUAGCCUAGUGAUUAAAGUUUAAAUGCUUCUACAUCCAGAUCCGGGGUUCGAAUCAUAUGCUAUGCAAUUUCUUAUAGAUUGUAUAUUAUAGGAGGUCCAAGUUUCAAUUUCCAGAGAAAAUGAUUUAUUAAAAAAUUAUGUAGACUACGGAAGAAAGACUUGCAAUGGAUUUUCAACAUGGUGCAACUAAAUCUGGCCAGACGUAGAUCUUUAUAUGACAGGUCAGGUGCAUGUGCAGUUAGGCAUAUAUCCUCAUAAGACAUGUAGUAUUGUCAGUUGCAGAAUCGUCUAUAUAAUCUUUUUUAUAAUUGUAAUAUCAUAAUAAAUCAACUUUAAAAAAAGAAAGACUAAUUCAAUCGAUGUACCGUACACUUCUUAAGUAUGUUUUUAAUUGGUAAUUCGUAGAAAUUUUGGCAAUUUGUACAUAAAUAAGCAGUUAAUACGGUCUAGUGUCAGUUUUGAAUGGAUCAAUGUCUCCGGAUCCAAAAAGUCUUCUUAUUUUCAGCCUCUUAUAAAUAUCAUAAGAUAAUUUAUCUCAUGAGUGUAACAAUUCCUUAGUUCGUUUGUUGAAUUCUUCUUAAACUAAAAAAACAGUUUAGGUUAGUUCCUAUACUGCUUUUUUUUUUGUUUACUUUAUUUCACCUGCUUCGAUUAAAAUUGAUACUGAUUGACCUGAAAGACUACGGAAAAGUGUAUGUUUCCACCUAUUUUCCAUUUUCAAACCAAAAAUCUCUGCAUUUGUAAAUAGUAAAUACUGACUAAUAGUUAUGCCUAAGCCAACAAAGAGUUCGUACAAUGAAUUUAUAAUAUGUCGUUUGAAAACACAUAAGUAUACCUUUUUCUGCUGUAACUUUAAUUUUUAGUAGCCUGAGGUCUAUUCUCAAAAAGUGAAAAUCAGAUUAAUUUACACAAAAUGGUUUCUCCGUUUGUUUUUAAUAAAUUCCUGCAACAACUUUUUCAAAGAAAAAUAAAUGUUUGUAAAGAUGAUAUAUGUAAUAUGUAAAUACCAAAUAUCUAAUCUGUAGUACAUUUCAUUUUAUUAGUUCUUCACCGUUUAAUGCUAAAUUAGUUUGAUUACUAAUUGGCGAUGUUAUAGGAAGAAGACAAAAAAUGGGAGGAGGGGCGAGGGGGACCCCAGACAGCGAGAUCUUCAGCAUUUCUGGCCCCUCACAUCUUACCUCUAUUGAUUGGUAACCUUUCAAUUUUGAUUCCGUACAGAUCCUUUUUUGUCAAAUUCAGUACACAUCCUUUUGUAAUCCUUUAUGCACUAAAGUCCAAAUCGUAUGGCGAAUAAAAUACUGACAUGUGAUGAAAAAUAAUAAAAAAACAAUAAGAUUCUGACAUCAUAUGUUUUACAAUUUAAAGAAAAAACGAAAAAAUGCAGAAAUAAAAUUAACAGUAUUAACUGGUUAAUAUCUAUUUAUUUUCUAUGUAAAAUACAAAUCCUAUUUUUUUCUUAACUACACCCAUGAUCCACUAUCUUUGAAACUGUUUAUCAUUUUUACUUGCAAUCAGAUAGUGUAAAUUUUUAAAUCUACUAAAUCGAAUUUAAAUCUUCAAAAGCUCCGUCGUUUUCUUUAAAUUUUCAAACUCUAACCAGAUAAAUUCAACACAAUACAAAAAAAACUAACCCACACCAAAAUAGUUUCUGGCCAACGAGGGCACAACAAUCAUCUUUGAAAAAGAUUUCUUUCAAUGAAAUAAGAAAAGGAAGAACACAAAUAUAAUGAUUGAUAGGCGUACUGCAAAAUUGGGAGAUGAAAGUUAAGGCCAAGGUUAGUGAAACAAAAAAUGUUUCAUACUCUCCAAAAUAUGUCAAUAAUAUUUUCAAAAUGAACUAAAUCAAUUAUCGAUUUUCUGAAAUAUAUUUAUUUGUUGUCAUGGUGAUGCUUCAGAGAAGGAGAGCAAUAGAGUCUCUCCUUAAACACACGUAUAAAACCCCUAAGACACUUAAGAAGUAUCCACUAGAAGAAAAAAAAAUUGUAGGGAUGACUAGAAAACAACAAAUGGGAUUUAAGAAAUUCAGGUGGCAGAAAAAACGAAAAAAUUCAAGUAUGCUCUAUAGAUCAAAACCAAACGAAAAAAUUCAGGUCUGCUUACAAUCUUAAAGGAAUGUGGUGAUAUUACUUUUGUUAACUUCUGGAACAAUAUAUAUAUUUUUUAUAUUUUAUAUUUUUAGAUUUUGUUAUAAACAAAAAUGUCUAGCAAUUAUAGAAAUGAAAUAAAGAAAUGUAAAAGAGUACAAAGAAAGAAAACAAAAAAAAAAUACAUAAGAGAAGAAGGAAACGAUAAAAAAUAUUAACUUCAACUAUCUACAAAAUUAAGAUUAGUAUUUUAAUUGUGAUUUUAUGCAGCCGGUAUGUUUUCUCUCAAUUUGAUUUUUCAAAUGUAAUAAUAUUAUUUGGAUUUAGAAAAGCAAUUAACAUAUAACUAUUGGAGAUAUAAACAACAAGCUUUUAAUUUUCUUUUUAAAUUUACCGAUAAAUACCCUUCAAAAUAACAUUUAUUUUCUUGUAACUUUUAUAACCUCAAAGUAAUAUUUAUUUUCAUCGAAGUUCACAAAACAAUGUUCGUGCUUAGCACGGGAAAUAAGACUAGUAAUUUAUAUAUAAAAAACACGCAGAAAGCAAUGGUUGAAGAACGUGCUUUAAGACUACUAGACCAAAGCCGUUUAAAAAAAAGGACUACUAGACCAACCUGAAAAAACAUGGUUUUAAACGUCGAAAAGUAUUGUUUUGUGACUGUAUAUAUCUAGGGUCAACUUCUCACCUCGCUGCUAGCCGAAUGUUUGAGAUAGUUGGCCGACCAAAAAAAAGAUUCUCAUAGUUGAAGCCUGAAGAAGUGGAAUCCAAACGAGUCUUUUUUUUUUUGUUAAAGGAAUUUAAACGAGUUUGUGAAUUGAUGUAGAUGUAGAAGACAAAUUACACAGCACAAAGCGAUAUAAAGUUUUUUUAGGAUAGACCAUGAAGUUUUUUUUUAAACGAGUUCCGUGCACGAGUUUCUUAAUAAAUGUUAAACUUUGGGAAUCAAUGUCGAUACAGAUUCUUUUUUUUUUGGCAUCACGAUAACUCAUUUAAAAUUAGAAAAAAGAUUUAUCUCAUCUCUGUUCGGAUUCUAAAUUUGUUUUUUUUUAAUAUAAAUAGGACUGACUCGUACCAUCGAACUUCAGUGGCAGCAAGUUUGGUAAAAGGAGUUUACACAUUGGAACGGGACAGGCAAGAGAAACUGAUAGGUUCGAAAUCAAGAGCCAAGCCUUGGUGGGACUUUUUCCACUUCACUUUACUCGAAAUCUUAAUCGACCAACAAGAGGACUGCAUAUACGGUGCAGUUUUCGAAUACGCGCUAUUCAAUCUUUACCAAAAUGCCCCUGGUGUGAAAUUACCUCCGCGUUAUGUGAUUGCGUUCCGUGGUACGAACCUAGGAGCCGAAACCUUGGUGGGUGAUGUGAAACUUGACCUCCGAUGCGGCUUUAACACCCUCCAUAGAGCCGCCAGGCUUGAGCACGCUAUAGAAGCAAUCAAAACUAUGGUGGUCAAAUACCGGGAACCAGCUAUGUGGCUCGUUGGACACUCUUUGGGAGCCGGACUAGCCUUGGUGGCUGGAAAGUCCAUGGUAAAAGAUGGCACCCUCCUCGAGGCUCACAUAUUUAACCCGCCUAUCUCGUCUAUUCCUUUAGAGAAGCUACUUCGGAGCAAGAGGCUUAAAGGUAUGUGUCGGAUCGCCGGGAGUGUCGUCAAAGCCACCCUAGCCAUGGUCUUGAAGGAUCUUCAGGUUCAAGAAGACGAUCCAAAGAUAGCAUCGUGGAUACCUUAUUUAUAUGUGAACGCAGAAGAUCCAAUUUGUUCAGAAUACAUUGGUUACUUCAAACACAAAACCGUCAUGUAUAUGAUCGGUGCGAGCAAAAUCGAGAGAAUCGGUUCGAGAAGCUCACUUAGGAGGAGUCUAUGGGUCGGAAAAAGAGGAACAUCAUCAUCGUCGGAUUUGUCAACUGAACCUAUUCACCUUCUUCCAUCAGCCAAUAUGACGGUAAACAGGAACAAACCGACUAAGUCUAAGUCAGCUCACGGGCUUCACCAAUGGUGGGAGCAAGACUCGGCCCUGAGGGCAAAUUGGGAAAUCUGCUGCGUUAGGCCCUGCUCUGAAGACAAAUCGGUAAAACUGUUGAAUUAGUCUCUGUAUUGGGUUUUAAAUGGCUCGACGACUAGUAUAUCUACCCCGAACUCAGAACCCUUUAUCUAUCUUUGUACAUUUUGUCUUCUUCUUUUUUCCAUUUCAUAUGUCUUUCUUUCUCAUGUCUUGUUUUUAAUGUGUUUGAAUAUUUGUCCAUGUAAUUGUUAAUAAUUGUUUUCUUGAAUCUAUACUUAUGUCUACAGAACAAAUUAAAGAUAAUAUAAUGCUA